AUGGCCGACUGCUGGAUUGAAUUAACUUCAUCAAUGCAACAUCAGGAGCAAGGAAAGCAAAUGACUUUGUUGCUAAUGCAUCUUUUAUGGGCUAUUUGGAAGAGCAGAAAUGCUCUAAUCUUUAAUAACUGUCUGUUAACAUAUCAAGAGGUAAUUUUCAAAGCAUUUACUUUCUACGAAGAGUUCCUAGAGCCUCAACAGAAUCAAAGUACACCUCCUCAAUUAGAAGAUCAACACCUUUCCAUUUGGACUCCUCCUCCUAUAGGUUUCAUAAAGUUGAAUUUUGAUGUUGGGGUCAAUAUUAGAAGGAAGUUGGGAGCUAUAGCAGUUAUAGCUAGAAACUAUGCUGGUCAUAUUAUUUGCUGGAACUGCAAAAGAUUUCGGGGAAUUGUUGAUCCUCUAACUCUGGAAGCUUUGGCUUGCCUAGAGGCAAUUCAACUUGCCAUUAUCAAAGAGUUCUCUCAGUUCUAG